AUUCUUUACCCAUCUCAUUUUGUUACAGUUAAUUACUUUGUUUCGUCUGUAAAGAAUGAAAAAAGUAUAUUGUCGGCAUUCGUAUCAGCAGAAAUAAAUUUGUCCUUUUAAGCAGGCCGCGUGUAAUAAGCUAAUUUUUUAAAUUGUGUAACCUAAGAGUGCAUUACCUUAAUAAAAUAUUUCAGAAGCAAAGCAAAAAUGUCUGAACUUCAAUCAUCAUUGCUAUUGAAGAAACAAUUGGCAGAACUAAAUAAGAACCCAGUAGAAGGUUUCUCAGCUGGAUUAAUUGAUGAGAAUGAUAUAUUUCGUUGGGAAGUCCUAAUAAUUGGACCACCAGACACACUUUACGAAGGAGGUUUCUUCAAAGCGCAUUUAUACUUUCCUAAGGAGUACCCUCUGCGUCCACCUCGAAUGAAGUUUGUUACAGAAAUUUGGCAUCCAAAUAUUGAAAAAAAUGGCGAUGUCUGUAUUUCAAUUUUGCAUGAACCUGGAGAUGAUAAAUGGGGCUACGAAAAAGCAUCAGAGCGUUGGUUGCCGGUACACACAGUGGAAACUAUUUUGAUAUCCGUGAUAUCAAUGUUAGCGGAUCCCAAUGACGAGUCCCCAGCAAACGUUGAUGCUGCCAAGGAAUGGAGAGAAUCCUACCCCGAUUUCAAGCGCAAGGUGGCACGUUGUGUCCGGAAAAGCCAAGAGGAGUGUUCGUAGAAACAGGAUUUGCUCUAUAUUUGUAUAUUUAUAUUAAAAAUUUGAUACAUUAAAAUGAAUAACUGAAUUAAUAGACAUAUAAA